AUGACAAUGCGAGCAAAUUCCAUUUCUAUUGAACAAGAUAAUAAACUCAAAGAAGCUUUUGCUCUCUUUGAUCGACUUGGUGGUGGUUUAAUAAGUAUAAAAGAUCUUGCUUAUGUUAUGCAUUCAAUUGGUUAUCAAACAACAUCAUCAGAAUUAGAAUGUAUGAUACGAGAAGUUGAUCGAGAUGGUAAUGGUUUGAUCGAUUUUAAUGAAUUUAAAAUAAUGAUGAAUCAUAAAGGUGAAAAUCAUUUGGAAAUAUUUAAUGAUGAACUUCUUAAUGAAGCAUUUCGUAUAUUUGAUAAAAAUGGUGAUGGUCUAAUCAGUGAAAUGGAAAUUCGUUCUGUGAUGAACAAUCUUGGUGAGAAAUUAACGGAUGAUGAACUCAAUGAUAUGAUACGUGAAGCUGAUUUAGAUGGAAAUCGACAAGUAGAUUAUGCAGAAUUUUCUGCUCUUGUUCGACGUCUUCUUAAAAUACAAAAUUAUACAAUGACACUUCAUAGUACAGGACCCUACGAAGGACGAGGAAUUAUUCCAUAUAUUGAUGAAGAACUUGAUGAAGACUUAACUAAUCGAAAGUGA